UUUCUUUUUGUCAUUUGUUAGCGAGAAAACACGGUGUUUAUACCUUGAAAUUUAAACGCGGUGUUGAUUUUCUUUUUUUCUUAAAAAAAUUUUUUGUUUAAAUUGUUGAAAUUAAUUAAAUAAACGACAAAUAACUUAUGGUGUCAAUCAAUACGUAUUUUUAAAUUGUUUUUUUUUUUACAAAAAAAAAAAAAAAAAAAUUACCGGUUAGCAGCGAUUCACUACGUGAUUCAUUUAUCUCAGAUGCCGCAUAAUUGUUUUAUUUACAAAUAAUUUUAUUUUUAAUUACAAUUAAUGAUUUCGACAGAGUGUUCUAAAUUUCUAAUUAAGAAAAUUUGAACAAAAAAACACACAUACAAACUGUUUGUAAGCAAUCAAAACAGAAGAACAAAAACGAGAGUUCCUUAUUAUUUUAACGAUUUAUCAACGAUUUGAUUAGUAGCAAAUCGAUCGAUUAACACGAAACAACUUCGAACAAUUUAUUUUCUUUUUUUUUUGGUUUUUGGUGAAUUUUUUAUUUUAAAUAAAAUUAAACGCAAAGUGGUCGUUGUCGUCGUCGUUGCCAGCAGUCUGCCUACUUCCAACAGCCAAAGAGACCAGACAAGCCAAUUCAUUUAGUGUUUGAGUAGCUGCUUGAAAAAAAACACAUACAAAUUUUCACCUAGACCUUGAAAAAUUAUCCAGAAUUUCAAAAAAAAUAUAAAUCUUUGGGAAAAAUAUGUAAUUUAUAAAGAAUAUUUUUGACAGUGUAUCAAAUGAGCCGUUAAAUGUUAAUAAUUUAUGUUAAAGUGCAUAAUUUUUUGGUGAAUUACACAAUCGUGGUGAAUUUUAUAUAAUAUUGAAAUUGAAAUAAAACAAAAAUAUUAAAAGAAUUAUAGAAAAUUCAUAAAAUAGUGUGUUUCCAACACUCAAGUGUAAACAGUUUAAAUUUUAAAAAAUUUUAAAAGAAAAUUAUUGAAAAAAAAAAUAUAUUCCCAAAACAAAAAGUGCAAUCAAAGUACUUGAUUACGCAAGUGAAAAAAUAUAUACAAAUGUUUUAUUUUUCUCAUUACGCGUUAAAAAUUUUCAAUCAAAUCCCACAACAACUACAACAACUGCAGCAACAAUAAUUUUCAAAUUAAGACGAAAAGAAACACACUUAAUUUAACAAAAAAAGAAACGAGAACAAUUUCACACAAAUUGCACAAAAAAAGUAUUUCAAACAAAAUGGGUGAAUUAUUUGCAGAAUUUGGUGAUUUAGUGUUUACACUGGUCAUUGGCUAUAUCAGUGCCAUUGAAUUUUUGUAUGUCGUACGUCAUCUGUAUCACUACUCAUUCAAUCAUGACGAUCAGGGGUAUGCUGAUGAUGGGGAAAGUUUGUCACAGCUGCAAGACAGCAUGCGCCAACAGCUGAUCAAUGCCAAAAACAGAGAAGCUCUUGCUGGAACGCAGGUAAUGAAAGAUGGUGUUCCCUAUAAGGAUGGUUUUCGCUUGGAGGCCCAACAAUCUUUAAUAGAGCAAUUGAAAGAGCAGCUAAAGGACAAAGAAUUGUCCGACUUAAGGCGCCAGGAAUUGGAGAAGGAAUUGGCUAAACAAAUGAAAAUAGCCGAUCAAUUGCGCAAAGAAUUGGCCGAAGCGGAAGCUAAAUAUGAGCGUCAGCUUAAGCUGGAAGAGGAGGAAAGGGCGAAAAAGCUUAAAGAAGAACAACAGAAGCGUGAGAAAGAAGAGCAAGCCAAAAAAGAGGCUGAAGAACAGGCACGUAAGUUAAAAGAAGCUGAAAAGCAAAGAGAGGCUGAACAGCGUAAACGUGAGCAAGAAGAGCAAGCGAAAAAAGAGGCUGAAGAACAGGCACGUAAGUUACAAGAAGCCGAAAAGCAAAGAGAGGCCGAACAGCGUAAACGUGAUGAAGAAGAGCGUGUAAGAAAAGAAGCUGAACAACAAGAGAAAGAGAAACGUGAGCGUGAAGAACAAGCACGCAGAGAAGCCGAAGAACAGGCACUAAAAUUGGCGGAAGCGGAAAGGCAAAGAGAAGCCGAACAACGACAACGAGAGGAAGCUGAAAAUGCUCGUAAAUUAAUAGAAGCCGAACAGCAAAGAGAGGCAGAAGAAAAUGCUCGACGAAUAGCAGAAGCAGAAAAACAAAGAGAGAUCGAGCAACAGCAAAGAGAAAAGGCUGAAGAAGCCGAAAAACAAAGAGAAGCCGAACAACGUAAACAUGAAGAAGCAGAGGCAGAAGAAAACGCACGUCGUCUCCUGGAAAUAGAAAAAUCCAAUGAAGAAAGACAAGCCGCCGAAGAAGCCGAAGCAGAGGCUAAAAAACUACUCGAAAUCGAACAUCGUUUAGAAGAACAACUGAGAGCGGCCGAACGAGAAGCAGAACUCACGGAAAAAGAACGACAACUCAUCGAGUCCAUUAAGCAACGAGACCUACCCCAAGACGAGGGUAAUGAACAAAAAGAAGCUGAACUAUUAAGAAAAAUACUAGAGGCACGCGAGCAAUUAGGCGAAGAGUCGGAGGAGGAACAAAGUCUACGACUCAUACAACGUGAACGUGAUCAGGAAGCUAAACAAAAACGCAUAGAAGAAAAUGCUUUACUGUUUUUGGAGGCAGAAAAAGAAAUGGCCGAACUGCAGGCUAAAAUGUUGGAUGCAGUGGAAAAGAAAGAAUUUACCUCCUCCCUAGAUAGUGCGCCCCAAACACCGGCUGUAGAGGAGCCUUGUAUAAAAAGAACUGUAUCGCCCUUAAUGGGUGGAGAAACAGUACAUCAUACUGUGAAAACACAAUUGGCUCAGGAUUUGGACGAACCCUAUUCGGUGAGCAGCAAAACUUUGCUCUUUCCCGGUGUAUCAGAUGAUGCCUCCUCCAUAGAUCCCGCCUCUAGUCAGCAAUCCUCGUUUAGCACCCAACCAUCGGAAGAGAUAACCACGGGCACUGAUUCUCAAUAUCCUCAACAGGAACGUCAAGAACCCGAUGGUGAGGAUACCGCUUUAAAUAACCUACAAUACUCGGAUGAUUAUUUGCGUUCCCUGGAUGGCAUUAAACAACGACCACUAGUGCGCGAAGAUGGUUCAGGACGUCGGCGCGCUUUCAAAAAGAGACGCUCUAGCAACAGUUCAAAUUCCUCACGUGAAUCGAGACACUCACGUGAUGAAGAAUUGAAAAUGUUCACCUCUUUGGAGGAGGAAGAAAUGAAAGACACCGCUGAUUCGGAAUUUACCCCCAUACGUUACACCAGUGAACCCACUUUGAAAGUAAAGGGACACCAUCGACGCCACAAACGUAGUCCCGCCAAAGAUAUGCGCCAUGGCGACGAUAGCUUACGCAGCUCCCUGGAACGUUUGGGUGAAGAAACCAGUGAUCCCUGGGGUGAAGUGAAACCCGAACAUUAUAAACAUACUGAAUUCUGGAAAAGAGAGAAAACCCUAUCGAUAGAUGAAGAAACGGAAUUUGAAAAACCGGCUUCUAGUGAAGAAGUAGCCUAUGAUACAGCGACCAACAUGCCAAGUGCUUCAUCUUUUGAGGAAGCUACUCAAAUGCAGAAUGAAGAGGCUUUAACGGCUUUACAACGGCACUCUGCUAAUUGGGAAGGAAAGGAAAGGGAAUCGGAUAAUAAAGCUACUGCGAAAGAAGAAACAACAAGAAGUGACAAUACAAAUCUACAAACCUCCCAAACAGCGGAGAGAAAAGCUUCACCCGCACGAUCCUCAGCUUCGCCACGCUUACGACGUAGUCCACGUAUAGAAGAAAUCGAUCAAUACGAAGAACGCUGGAAUAAAGGCAACGAUAGCUCGCCCAGCUCAACGCAGAAUACUCCCACCAUAAGUGUACAAACUCCUUUGGAUUUUGGACCCUGGCGUGAUGAAUAUGGCCUAAUGAUGGAGGGUUUAAGUUCCUUCUACGAUUUUCAAGCUUCAGUAAAUCCAUCACGUUCUAGAUCUGCCUCUAGAAAUCCUUCUCCGGCUAAUACCGCACCAAAUACACCUUUACCCAAAGAUGUGUCUUUUCAAUUGGAAAUUUCAAAUGAAGAAAGCAAUACUGUAGAAGUAUAUGAUGACACAGGAGACUUGGACACAAAUGAGUUUAAAAAGGAAAACAUUAUUAAGUUUAUAGACUCCAUUAAUGGUAAUGAAGAUGAUAGAGAAAAUAAAGAAGAAACUGAAAUUGAAUCAGCUUCAGAAGAUCAUGUUGGUUUAAAACAUCACAUACAAUUAGUGGCUGAUGAUCAGAGCAGUUCAGAAGUACAGAAAGCAAGCUUAGUGCCUUUGGUUAAUGUUAUAGAAGAUGUGACGGUUGCCUCUUCCAGCUUAGAAGUUACUGAAUCCACUGACAUCGAAAUGAAUGACUUGGUGAGGAGCUUAAGAUCACAACAAGCUGGUGGUAGAUCACGUUCUCGCUCUAAAUCUCCUUUGCCUACACCUGGUAAUUUGCAACGUAGUUUGGAAAAUCGCCGCUAUAAAAUGAUCAAACACAAUGAAGACAUUCUAGAAAAACUAAUCGAAUCCAAAUUAUUACCCGAACUAAGUCCGGCAGAACAGCUAGAAGAACAAUCCAAACUAGAGAAAAAAGAUACUUUAGAAACCAAAGAAGAAACCGAAACUAACACUCAAGAAGAAAUGAAUUCUUUGGUACAAACCCUGCGAGUAGACAGAGGUAGAUCAAGAUCCAAAAGUCCUAUGCGUUUACCCACUGCAGAAAAUUUAAGCAAAGGUUUGGAAAAGCGCCGCAGUAAGUUAAUAGAACGCAAUGAUGAACUUAUAAAGCAAAUUGAGGAACGAUCUCAAACUCCCGAAUCCCCAACCGUAACAGUGGAGUAUGUUUACGAAUUAGAGGGAACGGAAGAGACAAAUAUUUCAACACUCAAUACCCCAACUAUAUCUUUUGAAUCACCACAAAAUGAAGCAAGUGUAUCGCCCACAGAAGAGGAGGAUGAUUGUUCAAGAGAAAAAAUGAAUUUAUUAGUGGAAACAUUACGUGCAGCUCGCAGUAGGUCAAGUUCGAGAAGUCCCAUGCGUCUUGCCGAGGGAGAAACCAUCAAUCAAACUUACUAUCAAUUUCAACAAUCGGAAGAAGUAAAUGUUAGACAACAAACGGAGAUUUUAAAUGCUCCCACUAUAUCGAUAGAUUUCGCAGAAAGUGACCAUGAAACAAAAACAUCACCUAAGUUAGAAGAUGAUUGUUCUCGACAAGAAAUGGAUUUAUUGGUACAAUCUCUGCGCAUGGCUAGAAGUAGAUCAACAUCCAAAAGUCCCAUGCGUUUGCCCGCCACGGACAAUAAUAAUCUACUUUUGCAACAUAUGACCGAGAGAGCUAAAACGCCCGAACCUUCUGCUUUCAAUGAAUUUGAAUCUGAAGAACGUGAUAGACAUUCAAGAUCUCGAACUCCCUCACGUUCUCACUCCAAAUCACGUUCACCUUCAUUGCCACCCAGACCAUAUGAAGCCGAACUGGCAGCCUUUCGAUCUAAAACACCUUCUAGAUCGGUAUCACCUCAGCCAGAGGAGUAUGAUGAAAUCCACGCACUCUCAUUAAGUACAGAGGAAAAUGAAUUAUUGAUUUUAGCCAAUCGUCAAAAACAAUUAGAUGAAGAGGCUUUAGAGAAAUUAAAAACUGCUUCGGAAGAAAUGGAGUUGCGAACACUGUCUCCUUUGAUCUUAGAUAAAGAUGAGCUUAGUGAACAACAGGGACAAGAUCUUUUAGCUGAUUUGCCUAUAACCGAAAGAGCUAAACUCUUAAGAAAAUCACCCACUACACCCGACUAUGAUCGCACUAUAUCGGAGGAAAUGCGCGAUAUAGAACGUAUUAAACAGGAAAGACUAGAAAGAGGUUUUCAACGAUCCACAUAUGUGGGUGAAUCUAUGGAUUUGGGUAGUGAAUUUGAGCCGUUAAGAAGAGAAGCUGCACAUUUCAAACGUUCUCGUAGUCCUUCGCCUUCUUUUUCGGGCAUCGACGUGGAAUCAGCUAAGAAAGCAGCCGAGGAAAAACGUCAAUUACAGGAUAUAAUAUUGCAGGAAUUAACCACUACUUCCAGCAGCACUGAGCCUAAAAAUACCGGAGCCAUACCUAAAACUGAUCGCUUAAGUUCUUGUGAAAUUGAACUAACACUUACCAAUGAAAUCGAGGAUACUAUACGCAUUAAGGAGGAAAUGUUAAAUAUUGGUGUGCAAAGUCCUAUGGACGAUUUAGAAGAAAUGAGACGUAGAAAUGCUGAAUUUAGAAGAUCAGGCAGUGCAAGCCGCUCGCCUUUAAAUGAAUCUCAGUUACAGGAAUUGGCGUCUAUUGAGACUGCUGCUGCUAAACGUGAAUUAAAAGAUAAGGUGAUUCAUGAAAUUGCCUGCACUACCAUGAAUUUUCAAGAUUUCUCACGUCAUUUAAACACAGAUUUCUUUGCCACUGACCGCAGAGCCUCCGAUUCGGCUUUAAUACAAAAACCCGAAAUUUUAGUGCAAUUACAUGAAGAUAUAGACAUGGAACCUGAGGAAUAUCAUCACUUUCGCAGAUUCUCUUUAGCACAAGAACAGCCUGAGGAGACCUAUCCAAGUGAUGAUUAUGUAUUUAUACAAGAAGUGGAGGUGAGAACUCGUAGCGGUUCUAGAACUUGGUUAAGAGAAGAUUUUUACAGCGAAGAAGUUGAUAAGUACUUGGCAAAGAGUGAAGAGGCUUCAGGGAGUUCAGCAGAAAGAGAAAAUAUCGAUAUUGCAGAAGUUGAGAACGUAGAAGAGGCGGAAGAAAAUGUGGAAGCUAAUGAUGAUGAUGAAGAGUACUCCAAUGCUAGUGAUGAUGAUAGACAAACUGUGGUUGAGGUGGAUGAUGAAAUCGAUGAGGAUAUUUCCGAUUUCAAUGAACGUGGUCCGGCCGAAGAAUCUCAUCAUGAAACCUCCGAAUGCGAGGAGGCAGAACGUGAAAUGGAUCGUUAUGCUGAUCGAGAAGCCAGUGACUGGAAUCGUGUGGUAGAUGUGGAUGAUAUUGUUGUUAAUGAAAAUCCUGCUAAUGAACUGGUUACUAGCGAGGAGGAUGAGGGAGCUGUAGGAGGUUUAAGUAAUUCCCCGUACGACUCAGACUCCUUCGCCAUCGAUCAAAUUUAUGAUGAAGCCAUUAAAAAUCGUAAGCAGUCGGGUAUUUUAAGAGAGUAUGAUAGUAUACUAAUGCAAAUGUCGGUUAGCAGUGAUGUAGAUGAACAGUACUUGUUGUGGUCUAAGACACAGGGCAAAAAGAAACCCAAGAAUAUAGAAUUUAAUACCCAAUUCCUGGAUAAUGAACGUAAGGAAUCAGAAAUGCGUUAUUUGGGCGAUGCCAAUGUUACGGCAAGACAAUCAGCCCGUUUAAGAUCUCGUUAUGGUUAUAAUCCCGUAUUACAGGCCAAAUGUAUUGAUGAUGAUUUGGAAGUGGAUUUAAAUUAUAAACCUAAAAGGGAAUAUAACUGGCGUAAGAAUUUCAAAUUAGAAGAGGAGGAUAUAAAAGAGGAUAAGGAAGUGACUUUAAAAGAUUUGGAUUUUGGAGAAGAACAAGUUGAAAAUGAGCAAACAGAUAAACUAGAACAAGUGGCAAAUGGUGAUGAAGAGCAAGAAGUUGAGAAUAUAGAUAAACGUAAAUAUAGUAUAGGAGGCGAGAGUGUUACUCUAUUUAGUCAAAGUCCUGAAAAAGAUAGACAAAUUAGUGAGGACUUAUAUAAAGAUACUGAAGAACCUGUAAAGGAAGAACUUAAAGAGGAAAAAGUAGAGAAACCCAAGAAAAAGAAAACCAAAAAGAAGCUACACAAAAAAGAAUCCAAAGACAGCUUGGAGGAGACAAUGAACAGAGAAGAUGAAGAUGUUUACGAUAAUGAAAUGUAUAAUCGCCGCAGCAGUAGCAUACAAAUGGAAACAGAUUCACCCAAACGCAAAUCACGUUCAAGACGCAGCUCAAGAAGCAGCAUAACAAAUGAAGAUUCUCUAGGACUCUUUUCACCACGCAGCAGUGUUGCCUACAAUGAACCCAUAAACGAUAUAAUGGAAGAAUCUACAGAUAUGGCUAAAGAAACAUCGAGACCCAAAAAAAUGAAAAAACGCAAGAAGGUUAAGGAACCCAUGGCCGAUGUAGCGGAAAGUCCCAUAGAAACUAAAGAAGAAUUGCAGUACAGUUUAGAGGCCUUAAAUGAUAUACCAGCGGUUUCUACAGUUAUAACACCCAACUCUUCUAGUGCCAAUAUACUCUCUACUCUCAGUCCUCAGAAUAGUAUUUGUGUUACCCCGGGUUCUAUAGAAACAGAUAUUAGCCUAUCUGUGGAGGAGUUAAGGGAGGAGGUUAAGGAAGCUACGAACAGCUCGAAUACUACUAGUUCCUCUACCACUGCUAGUAGUCCAUCUGGCAAUCUAUCACGAACUUCUUCUAUAGUCACAACACCAGUGGAUACGUUUGAUAUUUUAAAGGAUGCCAACUUCUAUCCGCUAUUCUAGGACAGGAAAAUACAUGUUCAUGAAAUUUAAACAAAAUAUAGAUAAAAAACCAAAAAAUUAUUCCCAAGUAGCAAAAUUGCACAAAAUAUAUAUAAUAUUUUGUUUGUACGUUUUAUACGCUUCCCGACCGUUCGUCCCAUCCUGCCCGCCUAGUGCCACAUCAGCAUCUGCACUUGAGACUGUAUUUCAAAAAAAAAAAAUAAAUAUAUAAAAAAUAUAUAACGCAAAAUCCAACAACUACAAUAUAUCAUCACAACACGACACAUGCUAUGAUCGACAACAGCAACAACAACAAAAAAAGACACAAAUUUUUGCUCAAGUGUGGAAGCCAACAAGCUUGACAAGGUUUUACAUCUCCUUGAAAGAAACAAAUUUUCUACGCAUACUAGAGCAAGAUAAAUUGUUCUUUUUUUAAAAUGUUUAUGAAUGAAUUUAUGUUUUAUAUUGCAACUGAUUACUUAUAUAGAAUAAAUAAAUAUUUGAUCUUGUAAAAAAAACACAACAAAACCAAAACCAAUUGUAUGUAGCCAAAGUUGUUUUUAGCUAUUUAGUUUAAUUUAAUUAAAUUUUUUGCAAAUUUUCUUAAAUAAAUUAUUUUUAUUUCAAAAAUAUA